AUGGAAACAUGGACAGUUAAACGUGAUGAAUGUAUAUAUACAUCAUGCUAUUGUGAAGAAAACAUUUGGAAACUUUGUGAAAGUUGGAAACAAAAUGAUCCAAAUCAUUUAGACAAUCUUUAUGCAGUAUUUAUAUCGAAUGAACGUCGACAAAUUCUUAUUUGGAAACAAAAAUCUGGGCACAAUGACUAUCCUGUUAAUUGGGUACUAUAUUUUUUACCAUAUCAAAUCGAUAAAUCUGUAUCACCUACAAUCAUCUAUGAUUUCGAUUCUACACUACCAUUUCCUGUUUCUGCAGUCGAUUAUCUUCAAUCUGCUAUUCGUGAUGAAAUAAAUCUAUCGCGUAAAUUUCAUCGCAUGUUUCGAGUCAUACCAGCUCAAGAGUAUCUUAAUACAUUUGCAUCAGAUCGUUCACAUAUGCUCGCAGCAGAUAAAAUAACAUAUAAUAAACCACCACCAUCAUAUCCAGCGAUAUUUAAUGAAAAAUCAACAAAUAAUAUCAAUGAUUUUAUUGACAUGAAAUCAAAAACUGGGCCUGGUACUGUCAUGAAUUUAACUGAGUUUCGUGAAUUUUUAUGA